AUGAAGAAGGGAGUUCAUCCACAGAAGCAAUGGAUAUCCUACGUUACACAAACGGGUAGGUUGAUGCAUGUGAUGAUGACAAAGAUCCACCCUGUUGGGAAAGUCUACCACUUCCGUGCUAAGCGUCAAAUGGCCGAGAGUUUAGGACAGAUUGCUAAGUUCAGACGCCGCUUUGGUCUUGAAAAUCAAGCGGGCAAUGAAAAAUAA